UUCACAGACAACACCGGCGAGGAGGGAGGGGCACGUACGUUAGCUUCUGUGGCCAUCACGUUACCAAGAAAGCAUUGAGACGCAUUUCAGCAAUGGCAGAGGCACAUCAGGCUGUGGCGUUCCAGUUCACCAUAACACCGGAGGGCAUCGAUCUGCAGCUUUCCUAUCAAGCCCUCAACCAGAUCUACCUGUCUGGAGUACGAUCGUGGAAAAAGCGUGUCAGCCGCAUUAGGAACCGGGUGAUCAAGGGAGUGUACCCAGCCAGCCCUUCAUCAUGGCUUUUUGUCGUCAUCGCCAUCUUAGCCACAAUGUACAUGCGCUCUGAUCCCAGCAUGGGGCUCAUUGCCAAGAUACAGCAACACCUUCCCCUCAGCCUGCAUGUGUCUCUCAGCGCUCAGGGUCAGACGAUGCUGUCUGCACUGGUCUUCAGCACGCUGCUGUGGCUCUCCCUCAUCCUCGCUCUCAGGUUCUGCCUCAAGCUGCUUCUCUCCUACCACCAGUGGAUGUUCGAGCAGCACGGUCGCGUCUCCAACACCACUAAAAUCUGGGUGACUCUCCUGAGGCUCUUAUCAAGCAGGAAGCCUCUACUAUACAGCUAUCAAACGUCCCUACCUCAUCUCCCUGUUCCUGCCAUAAAGGACACACUGAGCAGGUACUUGGAGUCAGUGCGCCCUCUGUUGGCUGAUGCAGAUUUUAAACGGAUGACAAAAUUGGCCUCCGAGUUUGAGUGUAACCUGGGGAAUCGCCUCCAGCGCUACUUGAAGCUUAAAGCUCUCUGGGCUACUAACUAUGUGAGUGACUGGUGGGAGGAGUACAUUUACCUGCGAAGCCGAGGCCCCAUAAUGGUGAACAGUAACUACUAUGGCAUGGACUUCCUGUAUGUGACUCCAACUUCUGUGCAAGCUGCCAGGGCAGGCAACACAAUCACUGCAAUGCUCCUGUACCGCAGGAAAGUCAACAGGGAGGAACUCAAACCGAGCCGUGUUCCUGGUACUGUCAUCCCUCUGUGUGCUGCCCAAUAUGAGAGAAUGUUCAAUACAACACGUACUCCAGGAACUGAGACGGGUAACAAACAUACAUCUCCACAUACAAUAUGUAUGCAAUUAUCAAUUAGCAUAAUAAUCCUCUUCUGUGCUACAGAUGUUCUGCAGCACUGGCUGGACAGUGAAUAUGUAGCUGUGUACCACAAGGGACGCUAUUUCCGUUUGUGGGUGUACCGGGCCGGCCGUCUGCUCUCUCCUCGGGAAAUUGAGUACCAGAUUCAGAAGAUUCUGGAUGACCCUUCACCCCCACAGCCUGGAGAGGAAAAACUAGGAGCUCUCACCGCUGGAGACAGGAUUCCUUGGUCUCAGAUGAGGAAGCAAUACUUCAGCACCGGCGUCAACAAGCGGUCACUGGAUGCCAUCGAGAAGGCAGCCUUCUUCGUAACCCUGGAUGACGAAGAGCAAGGCAUGAGGGGAGACGACCCGAGAGGAAACUUGGAUCGCUAUGCUAAGUCGCUGCUCCAUGGCAAAUGUUAUGACAGAUGGUAUGAUAAAUCAUUUUCAGUUGUGAUCUACAAGAAUGGGAAGAACGGACUAAAUGCUGAGCACUCCUGGGCUGAUGCACCGACCGUGGCUCAUCUUUGGGAGUACACAUUAGCCACAGAUGCUUUCCAUCUGGGAUACACCGAGGAUGGACACUGUAAGGGUGAUGUGGACCGUUCACUACCUCACCCACAGAGGCUCAUCUGGGACAUCUCACCAGAGGUUCAGGCCCAAGUGUGCAGCUCUCUUGCUGUUGCACAGGCACUGGCCAAUGAUGUGGACUGCCACGUCUUCCCCUUCAGAGAUUUUGGAAAAGGUCGCAUUAAGAAGCUUCGGGUCAGCCCUGAUGCAUUCAUCCAGAUCGCUCUACAGCUAGCUUACUACAGGGAUCGUGGAGGUUUCUCUCUGACUUACGAGGCCUCAAUGACCCGUCUUUUCAGGGAAGGACGAACGGAGACUGUGCGAUCCUGCUCCAAUGAGAGCAGUGCUUUUGUCAAAGCUUUAGAGAGUGCAGAGCCAGCAGACCACUGUUGCCAUCUCUUUAGAUUGGCUUCAGAGAGACACCAGAAUCUUUAUCGCUUGGCAAUGACUGGAGCAGGAAUUGACCGCCACCUCUUCUGCCUGUAUGUCGUCUCUAAAUAUCUGGGAGUGGAGUCAGCUUUCCUCAAAGAGGUUUUGUCAGAGCCUUGGCGUCUCUCCACUAGUCAGACACCAGUUCAGCAGAUGGAACUGUUUGACCUGAAGAACCACCCGGAAUUUGUAUCACUUGGCGGAGGUUUCGGACCUGUUGCUGACGAUGGUUACGGUGUUUCUUAUAUCAUCGUGGGUGAGGAUAUGAUCAACUUCCAUGUGUCGUCCAAGUACUCCUGCUCUGAGACUGACUCCCACAGGUUUGGAGCUCAGAUAAACAAAGCUCUCCAAGAUAUCAUGGCUCUCCUUUCUGCCAACACCAAAACUCCAUCGUCCAAAUCCGCAGCCCAGCCUCAGUCCAAGAAGAUGUGCUGAGGACGGUUGAGUAUGGGUGAAUAUUCUCAAAGGCACAAAGUGAAACUAAGAUUGAAGUGUGUGUCUCAAAAUAGCCAUCGUGGUUCAUGCGCCUUCCAAUUUCGCCGCCGCCACAAAUUGACCUCAGCUGAAGGUGAAACGUAUCAGUUUGCACUUGAAUGCAGUGACGACAAAGUAAAAGUUUUAUUAAUUAGUAUGGUUCAUAAUUGAGGGAACAUAGCAGCUAUACAUUUGGGUGUUCUGUGCAAGUUGGAUGAUUUCAUCUUGGUGCCUUUUUAAUAAGCGACUACACAUGUUUGCUUUCACGAUAAAGGACUAACAUAAUCAAACGGAGAACAAAUGGACAAAUGUUUGAAGUACAGAAAAGCCUGCACCAGUCUCAGAAAAUGUCUUUAAAUCUUCUUUGUCAGCGUUUUAGUUUUUGUACACGUGUGCCUGUAUUAUUUAGUAAUACAAUGCAGUUUUAUUCAAUGCAAUUCCUCAUGGAAAUAUUAUUUUUUUUAUGACUUGUAUGUGUUGAAUGUAUGACACAUUGCUGCUGUUAGCCUGUGCAGGGAUGUAGAGGUGCAAGUGUCAACUCAUUUCCAUACAUAUUUUUCUCAUGUUACGUAACAGUCACCAUUUCCUUUUUUCAAAAGUGUUUGUUUGAAUUUCCUUUUCCAGAUUUUUAUUUUCCUUAGUUGAGAAUGACGGAAGUAGUUUGUUAGUGUAGUCGUACCUCCAUAAAAAGUAAUGGAAAUCCACUUAGUUCAUUCCAGACACCAAAAAAUAUUCCCAAAAAUACAUUCUGUAGAGAAUAGUUAAUAGUUUUACAUGCACAAAACAAUGUAAAAUAAUAAAAAAAUGACAACUGAAAUUGAUAAUCAACAUAAUUUUAACUUUAUUGAAGACUAUUGGCGAGGAGUAUACUUUGUAACGAGUUCUUUCUCGAAUUAAAUCGUUUUUCUCACCUCCUUUCUCAAAGCGCGGCACUCGCAAGUUUCUGUGGCCCCAUGGUGGGUUGUUUUGGCGUUGUACUCAAUUAAAAAAAAAAUAAAAAUGAUUGAGUCGUCUGUAACCAGACUACUGCUUGGCUUAUAUAAACGAAAACCGGGACAAAAUUUGGGAACCAUAGUACCGUUGACUCAUAAAGCUUUUUUGUUUUGUUUUUUAAAUCUUUAAAACCUCCGGACUCCGGCACAACUUGGUUGCAUUUGUGUGAUCUUUGUAUCAUAAUACACGUGCAUUAUACCCACAGGCAAUUUUCGGGGCUUGUCUUUUAUUGGCCUUCAGCACUAUGUAAAAAUUAAAAAUGAAUUCAUUAUAUACUGUAUAUUGUUAGAUAUUACACUAAUUUGCUUUGAUUUUGAUGUUUUGUUUAGAUAGCUUUGCCCAGAUUGAUCUACAUUGGAUUAGUUUUAAUGCACCAAAUGUAUGCCUCAUCCUUGGAUUUGGCUCAAAAUUUUGGACACCGUAAGAACAUGGGCUGAAAGCUCAAAUAAACCAGACUUGGGGAAAAAGGAACACAAAUCAAACAACAAGCACUUAAAUGAGGGAAAUGUUGAACACAACAACCAGUCAGAGACGAGCACAUAUGAAUAAUCGUGUAAGACAAAAAACACGAAUGCGUCAAGCUUAGCACCUCUAUCUCUAAGACUCACUGAAGGAGCACCUUAUCUACUGUGUAUCUGCAUAAUAGCUACAUUUUCACAUUUACAAUAAGCAUCAGUCAGUUUUUUCACUUUAAGACUUAACCUCCUUGGGAUUGUGUACGUUUAACAGUAAAAAGUAAACUAUUUCUUGUUUGUUGGGGUUAAAAGUUUAUUUUUUUGUGAGAUAAAUAAUAUUGGUUAAUGUUGUGUUUUUCUUUGGUUACUUUUCAAUGGACGUGUGCGUAUUUUAGAUUGAAAUAAUUGGGAAAUAAUGCAUCUUAUGCAUUUUAUGAUGUUUACUCCCAAGAAACAUUGUUUACACACAAACCAUUAAUGACCCGUUUUUAGGAUGUGGUGAUGGAAUAAAAUGAUCCCUGACUUUG